AUGGUUGAGCUGGAGAAGGAGGUGCUGCCGUUGCCGCCUCGGUACCGGUUCCGAGACCUGUUGCUUGGAGACUGGCAAUCCGACGAUAGUUUGGACAGCUUGCUGCGCUGUGGGGUGACCUUCGCAGACACCAUGGUGGUGGUGGACAAGGAGAGCUCCAUGAUCGCCGAGGAGGACUACAUGGCCGACGCUAAGACCAUCGUCAACGUGCAGACCCUCUUCAGGCUGUUCCCAGCUCUGAGCAUCAUCACCGAGCUCACCCACCCAGCCAACAUGCGCUUCAUGCAGUUUAAAGUGAAGGACCACUACUCCCUGGCCCUGUCCAAGCUGGAGAAGAAGGAGAGAGAAAAGGGAUCCAACCUGGUGUUCAUGUUCCGGCUGCCCUUCGCAGCAGGGAAGGUUUUCAGCGUCAGCAUGCUGGACACUCUGCUCUACCAGUCUUUUGUGAAGGACUACAUGAUCUCCAUCACCAGACUGCUACUGGGCCUGGACUCCAUGCCUGGCUCAGGCUUCCUCUGUGCUAUGAAGAUCUCGGAGGACGACCUGUGGAUCCGCACGUAUGGCCGGCUGUACCAGAAGCUGUGUUCGUCCACAGGGGACAUCCCCAUAGGGAUAUACCGCACAGAGGCACAGAAGCUCCCCGUCUCGGAGUCCCAGGUCUCCAUCACGGUGGAGGACUACGAGGACACGCGGGAGCCCCGAGAGCCCCUGCUGUCCCGGUCGGGCCCCCACCGCAACUCCACCUCCUCGGAGCCCGUCUCCUCGGCCCACUCCUCGGACCACCCGCUCCUCCGGAGGAAGAGCAUGCAGUGGGCGCGCCGGCUGAGCAGGAAGGGGGGCCGGGGGCCCGGCGGGGCCAAGGGCGGGGGCCCCGGCAGCGCGGCCGAGCGGAUCAGCCAGCAGAGGCUCACCCUGUUCAGACGCUCCGAGAGGCAGGAGCUCAACGCCCUGGUGAGGACCCGCAUGAAGCACCUGGGCCUCUCGCCGACCGGCUUCAAUGGCAUGACGGACCAAGGGAACAGACUGUCCUACAUCCUCAUCAACCCCUCCCCUGACGCCAGGCUAGAGCUGCACGACGUGGUGUACCUGAUCAGACCGGACCCCCUGUCCCUCGUACCCAAUCAGGGGAACAGCAGGAAGUGCAACGCGGGGCGCAGCGACAGCCACAGGUUCGACACACACGACAGCACUCACCUGUGAGCGAGGAGGAGGAGAGCCGGCGAGAGAGCGAGAGAGGAAGACACAGAGAGAGAGAGAGAGAGAGAGAGAGAGAGAGAGAGAGAGAGAGAGAGAGAGAGAGAGACAUUCUCCUCGUUGUUCCUGGAGAACUCAGGAGGAGCUGCAUCUGCAUGGAACUUUUGGAUAUGUAUUUAUUUAUUUAUUAUCUCCAAACCAGGAUGCACCAGGAUAUUUAUUUUUCUGGGGGGUUCAUGCACUUUUUUUAUGUUCAAAGGGGAAAAGCUGGGACACAGAAGGGCUUCUCGCUGAACAUGUAUUUAUUUACAUCCGUGCAAAUUUGCAUGUGUUGUACCGCAUCGUGGGCGUGGGUGGAGUCUGUGCGUCUGACAAGCAUGUUUGUGUGUGUGUGUGUGUGUGUGUGUGUGUGUGUGUGUGUGUGUGUGUG